GUGUAACAAAUGCGAUACAGCAACGGAAGCCGAGAGGUGAAGUGGCGGAUGCAAAAUAUACACUGAAACAUUCUGUUAGUGCGACCAAAUCAAAGGUUUGUGAAGUCGAACCACGGUGAUCCACAGACAGCAUCUUUUUUACACUUUGAGGACGGAAAUAACGACGGGAAUGACUAGCACGCAUUUGACGUUACUGUGUGUAAACUCUUGGUGUCCAUGGCUUUCAUGUUAACACAGUUAAUGUUAGCGCGUAUUAUUCUCCUGUUUCAUUAAAGCUGCUGAUUCGUUAUGUCUGACGGUCGUUUCAACAACACAAGUCAAGUUUCACGUCCUUUCAGGAGCCAAGAGCCCCACAAGUAAAGAAAUGGACGCAGCUCACAGUGGGACUGGUGUCUUCUACCAAGCAAUACCUGCUGUUGGAGCUGAUGGGAGGAACAUCAUGAAGCUGAUUCCUGUAGAAAUUGUCAAUGGACGAUAUGUCCAAAAUCAAAUAAGCAAACCCAGAAUGGAUUCUACACCACAGAAAGCUGUCAGUUUUUCCUCAGCACCUGUUCAGAUGGUAAAAAAGACAGCUUUAAGUCCUUCUGCCACUCAGCAACUUGUCAGGAAGGAGGUUUCCUUUGUCAGUGCCUUGCCUCAUCAGGUACAAUUGAAUCAUGGUAAUUCACUGAACAAACAUCCACCACAGCAACAGACCGUAAAUUUCAUGGCCAAAGUACCUCUAAUUGCAACACCUGCAACAAGCUGUGGGAAUUCAGUUAGACCUCCUGCUCGGCUCCCAGUGACAGUGAAAUCUCCAGCACUCCCCAGAGGACAGUACCUUCAGAUUCCCUCUAAUGCACAAGUUCGAACAGUCCCGGCAUCUGAACUUCCUCCAGAUAUCAAGAAACAGAUUUUUACUUCAUCAGCCGACUCCUCUCCAUGUUCAGGCUUACCCAGUGUGGUCUACGUGUCACCCGUCAUGACCAUGGAUCAAGGGGUUGAUUCUGGACUUCAUUCACUCAAGCUGCCUUCUAAGACAUCAAAUAAGGCUUCAUAUAGACCCCCAGCAAAGGGAUCGAAACCACCUUUAAAACUGAUUCCAAAGGUUUCACAAAGGCCCAACAGCCCUAUAAAGUGGGAGAUUGAAGAGGAGAACAGCCAGCGGCUCAAUCUGAAUCAUCUUCAUUCUCCUUCUGUCACGUCAGAGAUUCUUCGAGCUGUGGCAGUGAGAGAAAAUACCAGCCAGCACUGUAAUGCCAUCAAAAAACAAGUUUCUCAGUCAAGUCAGGGCAAAAUUGGACAAGGACAGGAAAAUGCCUUGGUCGUGUGCAACGGGAAGGUCUAUUUUGUGGCCAAAAAAUGCAGCCGACCAUUUACAAAGGGAGCAGGUAGCUCAGCUACAGCAGUAACAAAAAGUUAUGAAUUCAACAGAACCACUGUAUCUUCAACCCAACAAUCUCAAAACUCAGCUGUUGCUCAAACACAGCAGGGCCUCAGACUUAUCAUUCCAGAGGAGUCAGAUGAAGUGAUUGAUCUUUGUGAAGAUGAUGCUCUGGAUGACUUGUCCCAACAAACAGCAUCAGCAGUCUCUGCUCAGGAUGACGACAAUGUAAUAUUUGUGUCAUAUAUUCCACCCAAAUCUGAGGCUCGGUCACCACAUGAUUUGAUAGACCAGACGGCCACAAGCAGCUUGAACAGUAUAACAGAGGAAAAGAGCCUAGAUGGUAGAACUGGUGAUGAUGGCAGGGAUGACGGCUCUGCUCUUAACGGAAAAGGACCUGACCACAGCACUUUAGUCAGCACAGUCAAAAAUAUUACACAUGUUUGUGGUUCAGCAGUGAUGAACAUGCAUAAUAAUGGGGACUCAAGCAUGGAGAAUCAGCAGAGUGCCUCCAUUCAGCAGGUGGAGAGAAUGGAAACUGACGAAGAAAUAGAAGCUGACAACAGCAGUGGAUCAUGCUCUCAGAAACAGCAGGACACCCGCAAAAUGGAGGGCACUCCAAACCGUGCACCAUGUUGGACAACUUCACUGGAAUCAAAACCCUGUCAAAUAGCCGACCAUCUGCUGAGGCAGAUGUUUGGGAUUACAGCUGAUUUGAAAAUUUGCCUGCAGAGGAUUGAUGAAGCCUCAGCUGGAUCUGUCCCUGCAGAGCCUUUAAAGAGUGAGUCCAUAAGCUCAGUGGAGGGUCAUCUUUAUAGCCCCUGUAAAAAACAGACAGACACCUGCAGCAGUCUCCACUGCAGCCACUCUACAGCCACUCCAACUCCUCACACAGAUACCUCACCUCCCAAAUGUGCUCUUUUCCUACUGAAGACAAAACCUCUCUUUGCUUUGAAUGAUAAGUGCCAUUCAAGUCAAAGUUCACUCAAGGGAACAUCAUGUGAUGUUGAAAAUGCACCAGUGAUUGGCUAUGUGGAACCAAUAGAUGAGGAUUUCUCUAGCACAGAUGCGGAUGACUUCCAUGAGCCACAGGACACAGCAGCCCAGCUAAAGCCUCAGACUUGUUUGGAUCGUAACACAAACACAAGGAGAAUGGGAAGGAAAAGGAAAAGCACUAUGUGUCCAUGUUGCAUACCUGGUAGUCUGAAGCCUGCAGUGAAAUCCAGUACAAGUUUAGAAGAGCCAGAGAGGUGGGCAUGGAUGACUGAGCAGAUGAGUAAAAAAGGGGGGCGAACAAAGGCUCCUAGAGAAGAUGGAAAAACAUCUGGGAUCAGCUGUCGAACAGCCAAGAACAAGCAGAAAUAUAAUACUGAGGUUCCAGCCAGUGACAGUUUAUCCACAACAUCCAUGGAUCCUGGUGAACUGAAAAGAGGAAAUACACGGAGCAUGGAUCCUCCUGAUAGACUGGAAAUCUACAUCCCAGUGGAGGCUGAGGUGAAAAACAUUCCUCUGUGGAGCUUACCAAACUCAGUACUCAGAAGAAUGGGCCUCCCUCUGUCUGACUCUGAGGGCUCCAGGAAUCUCACUGGCUCUCCAGAAGGCAUAUGGAUUUGUCCAGUAGUCAUACGGAAGAAAGGGCAGAAACCAGCCUCCCAUACAGAAAAUGGUGUGGCAGAAAACAUGUCCUCACUGCUGAGCAGAAAGUUUCGGGCUGCACCUGGUCCACUACGAAUGUCUUUUGUCUCCUCUAACAAAGCAGCUCAUGAGGUGCUGAAGGAUAUCACUCCGGGGAAAAAGAUGUCCACACACAGAUCUCACACCUCCCUGUUUUCUCAGGCCUCAGCACCACAGACCUGCCAAACUGCUGUUGUCAUCUACCAAGGAUGCAUUUACCUAUCCAUCAGGAAGCCCAGUCGAAGUCAGAGUCAGCUAAAGACACGUGACCCACAGCCAGCUGCCCAGUCUUCCAUUCCUUCCACAUCGUCAUCUAAAAGCCAGAGGAAGGAGCUGCUAAACAACAACAGGCCCAAGAAGAAACACACCACUUGUAAAGUAACACACCAUGAAAAGAAGAAAGAUGUUACACACAAGGUAAGGGAUGUGUCCUCGUCCAGGACUGCUCAUUCUGUCCCUCAGUCCACUGACAAAGUGCACAACCACAGCCACCGUCACAAGGAUGCUAGAGGAGAGUGGGCGGUAGAGGAAGCAGGAGCCCUGGAGCCAGCUUGGUUGCAGUCUGAGGGGGAGCAGGAGGUGGUGGCCAUCAAGGACAGUGGUGAAUGUGAGAUGCAGGGCCUGGAUGGUGAUGAAGCUGAGAGCACCAGUCAAAACAAUGACAUGGACAGUAAUAUGGAAAUCCAAAGUGGCGAAUUUAACCAAAGUAGCAGCGAAAGCUGCACCAGGAGAGAGCCUCUAGGUGCAGCUUGUGCCUCCAAAUCACUGGUGAAGGAGUUUGACUUUAAGGAGUUGGCACAAGAGGAGAAGAUUGCUCGAAUGAAGGCCAAACUCAGAGACACUGAAGCUGCUUUCAACAACCUGCAUUCCUCAUAAUGACAGCUCAGUCAGGCUGAACAACCGGAAUGAUUCUUUAGUUCCACAAAAAAGAAACUCACAUUAAGUUUGUUAGAAAGCAGGUUUCAGCAGUGUGAAUUUUCUUUUUGGUAUGAAAUUCCCUCUUGUGUCACUGUCCCUCCACAGCAGCCCAGAAAGAAACACCAGGGAAAUGCUAAGCAGGAGUUUGAUGCUAAAAAAGACUAACUUUAGAAGAUACCCACUUGGUUUGAUUAUCUCAAAUUGCUGACUGCUGCACAUGACUCAGAAUGGGAACUGUUGAUUUAGUCCCUCAUCACUUACAUUGGUGUAUUAAGUAGGGAACUUGUAAUUUCCAGCAUGAACAGGAGGAAUUAUGACAGGCUUAUUUAACCAAUUUCAAUUUUAUGUGCAUAAACCUAACCACCCUAAACCUAAAAUGUGUCAUUGAUUGUGUACAUGUUACAAAGGUAGCAGUAGAUAUGUUACAGGACUGCAUGAAAAAUGAAAGUGGUAUAAAAGUCUUCAGUUGAAAAUAUGCAAGAAGUUGUAUGUUGAAGGUGUCAGUGGCACAAACACAGUAAAUAGACAGACAUGAUCAUACAGGUGAUGGAUGAACAUAAAUUAUUACAUUGUUGUUUUUAACAAUGCAGCCUAAGAAUAGAAAAUAUGUCAGGUCAGUCAGUCUGUACACUCCUCAUCUGGUCCAAUACAAUCAAAAGCAAGAUAUCUGAACAUGUACUGUCUAGAAUUCCAUGAAAUCUGCAGUGGACUUUUAUUGUUUCCAGAUGUUUGCUCUCAAAAUAAAAUUUCCUACUCCUCUAAA